GAAGUGAGAACUUCUCACUUCUCCCUCAAUAUUUGUCUGCCUUAGCUUCCACCAUGUCUCUUUCAUCUCCUUCCUUUCAGGCUUCUCUCACUACUUCAGCAACUUCGGUUGGAUCCACAAACGUAGAGAACAAACUUCUGAGCAGACCUAAUAUUAUGUUUGAGGGGAAUAAAGAGAGAAUUAAAACAAUCCUUAAUGAAGUUAAGCUUUCUACAUCAAGUUACGACACAGCUUGGGUGGCCACGAUCGCAUCACCUACUUCUUCUCAAGCUCCUUUGUUCCCUCAAACGCUAAACUGGUUACUACAAAAUCAACAAAAAGAUGGAUCAUGGAGUCUUCCUGAUCGCCACGAGUUGUUGACCAAAGACUCUCUUUUAUCUACUUUGGCUUGUGUUCUUGCACUUAAGCAAUGGGGUGUUGGUGAACGGCAAACUAAUAAAGGACUUCAAUAUAUUGAGUCAAACAUUGCUUCUGCUUUGGAUGAUAAGCAACAUUCUCCUAUUGGAUUUGACAUUAUCUUCCCUCAUUUACUCGAGCAAGCCCAAAACUUGGAUCUCAAUCUUCCUCUUGGAGGAAAACGUUUAGAGACAUUCGUUCAAAAGAGAGAAUCAGAACUCAAAAGAGGCUGGAGUGGAAGCAACUUAGAAGGAUGGAAAGCAUAUUUAGCAUAUAUUUCAGAAGGAUUUGGAAAGUCUCAGGAUUGGGAAAUGGCUAUGAAACAUCAAAGAAAGAAUGGAUCUUUAUUUAACUCACCCGCCACUACUGCAUCUGCUUUUACACACCUCAACAAUGCACAGUGUUUUGAUUAUCUGAGUUCAUUAUUGGAUAAAUUUGGGGAUGCCGUUCCAACGUGGCAUCCUUUCGAUGUCUUCGCUCGAAUCUACAUGGUUGAUUGUCUUGAAAAACUGGGCAUUGAUCGUUUCUUCAAAGAGGAAAUCGAUACUGUGUUGAACCAAACAUACAGAUUCUGGCAGCAGGAGGAGGAGGAUAUAUUUUUGGAACCGACCACGUGUGCCAUUGCAUUUCGUUUACUGCGUUUACAUGAAUACGAUGUUUCUUCAGAUGCACUAAGUCGAUUUUCAAAGGACAAGUUCUCUAAUACCCUUCAAGGAUAUUUAAAGGACGUCAAUGCUGUUACGGAAUUACACAAGGCUUCACAAAUACCUCUACAGUCAAAUGAUCCAGUUUUGGAAGAACUAAACUCUUGGACAAGAGACUUCCUUAAGGAAUAUCUGUCUUUUUCCUCAGAACAGGAUCACAAACCACUUCAUAAAAUUGAUCACGAGGUUCGUUUUGCUUUGAGAUUUCCUCAUCACACUUACUUGGAUCGUAUGUUCAACCGAAAAAUAAUGGAGAAUUAUAAGGCUGACCAAAAGAGAAUUCUCAAAACAUCAUACAGUUCCGAGAACCUUUCAAACGGAGAAUUUAUUGAGUUAGCAGUGGAAGACUUCAACAGCUGCCAACUGGUAAUUCGUGAAGAAUUCGAACAAUACAACAGGUGGUUCAUGGAGAGUGGAAUGGACAAGCUACAGUUUCCGAGACCAAAAGUGGCCUAUUCCUAUUUGACAGCAGCAGGAACACAUGUGGCACCUGAGCUUCGUGAGGCUCGCAUGUCAUGGGCAAAGAAUGGGUUGCUCGUAUGUGUUUCUGAUGACAUGUACGAUGUUUGGGGUUGUGAAGAAGACCAGAUAAGGCUUGUCGAACUAAUGGAGAAGUGGGACGUUGAUAUCGAGAAGGAAAAUUGUUCAGAGCCAGUUAAGAUAUUAUUCUUAGCACUGAAAGGGACCAUCUGUGAGAUAGCAGACCAAGCCCUUAAAAUUCAAGGACGAAGCGUGAAGAACCACCUGAUUCAACUUUGGGUGGACUGUCUGAAAUCUUUUCUCCAGGAAGCUCAAUGGCGGAGAAACAAUUAUGUGCCGACCUAUGAAGAAUAUUUGCCUGUGGCAUUAAUAUCAUUUGCCUUGGGACCAAUUCUUCUUCCAGGUCUCUAUCUUGUUGGACCUAAGCUUUCCCAGGAUAGUAUUGAAAGUGAUGAAUACAAUCGCCUGUUUGAUCUCGUUAGCAUUUAUGGACGGUUGCUCAACGACGUUAACGGCUAUAAGAGAGAAAUGGAGCAAGGGAAACUGAACGCAAUAGCAGUGAGGGUGAGGCAUGGAUCAGGAAGUGAAGAAGAAGUGGUGAAGAAGGUGAAGGAGGAGAUUGAUGAAAGCAGAAAAGAGCUGUUGAGAAUGGUUUUGCAGAAAGAAGGAAGCAUAAUACCAACAGAAGUUAAGGAUGUAAUAUGGAAAAUGGCAAGAUCGUUGUAUGUUAUCUACAAGAAAGAAGAUGUGAUCCAUGCACGUGACUUGUCGGACGAGGUCAUUAGUAUCAAAGAUGCAGUUGUCAGCGAUCCCAUGGUUCUAAAGAAGUAGUGAAGUAUGUUUGAAAAUAAAAAUAGAUUCAUAUUGUAUCAAUACAGUGACUUUUACCUGCAACUGCAAGUGAAUACAUUCAGCGUUUUUUCUUAUUUUUUUUUCACUAAAAAUGUAAUUUUAAGUCUGAUCAUAUUUCUCUUACGUACUCAGUACGAUCUUUUUAGUGAUGUAAUUUGACCAAUAAUCUCUUUCCUUUUUU